AUGUGGAACAAUGCGUAUGUGUACGACUGGAAGCUCAAACUGGGGAAAGUUGGAUCAAGGCAGACAAUGAUGACGGAGCCCGCUGUUAAUGGUUGCUGUGAGAAGGCUGGAAUCCCAGAAUGCAAUUCAAAAACAAAGGCUUCUCCAGCAUUCGAGGAGGUCCUGGACGCCAUUGGGUCCCGGGGGAAGUUCCAGACGAGGCUGAACAUCGUCUUCGUUUGCUUUGCCUCAUGCUUCGACCUGAUGAGCGUCAACAUGUUCUACCUGGCUAUGCAGACUCCUGAUCACUGGUGCUACGUCCCUGGCAGGGAGCUUUCCAACCUUUCAGUUGAGCAGUGGAAGAACCUCACCAUACCGAGGGAAGGAGCCUCGUUCAGCAAGUGCCUGAUGUACAACCAGAGCGAUGUGACCGACUCCGGCGGCAGCAGGGAACCUGUGAAGUGCCAGCACGGCUGGGAGUACGACGACACGUGGUUCUCCCUGACGGUGACGUCACAGAUGAACUGGGUCUGCGACAACCGGCAGGCCGUCAAUGACGUCUUGUUCUACUCACAGGUUAUUGGAGUGGCGCUGGGGUUACUGUUUGGCUACAUAGGCGACAUGUGCCACCUCGACACGCAGGCUGAGCUGACUCUUGCCGACGACAGGUACGGCCGACGCCCCCAGCAGCUGCUGUGCCUGUCAGCCCACGUGGUCAGCAGGGUGCUGGUCGUCCUCGCUCCACACGUGCUGCCCCUCUUCAUCCUGGCAGAAUCCCUCGUGUCAGCUGCGGCUGGGCCUUUGACAGAAUCUGUCUUGUCUGUUGGUUUGGAGCUAACUGAUAUCAAGCACCGCACUGCAGUCAACCGCUAUGGGUGCUGCAGCAUGGCCGUUGGAAUGAUGCUUGCUGGUCUGGUGUCUUGGGGGCUGCCCAAUUGGAACUAUUCCCUCUCGUUUGCUGCCCUCAGUUGUUUUAUACUAUUCUUCUUCUUCAGUUGGUUCCCCGAGUCUCCACGCUGGCUGGCGUGCAGGGGUCGCGAGCAGGAGGCGCUGGCUGUUCUGCGUCGCAUAGCAGCCACUAAUGGCUCCACGGUGCCUCCGUUCGCCUUGCAGGUGAUCCAGACCGUGGGCAAGAGCAAGACAGACAGGAGGGGCUUCCUUGGCAUCUUCUCCAGCUGGAACGUCUUCAGGAACACAGUAAUCCUCAUUGUUGCCAGGUCGGUAUACCUGCUGACAAUGUACUCACCGGUGAUAGCGGUGAGCCGAUUGAGCGCGAACCCUUUCCUGGGGAUAGUGGCGCAGGGGGCGGCAACGUUCACUGCCUACUACCUGGUGAACUACUUUGGAGCGACGUUCGGUCGCCGUUGGCCCGGCGUGGCCAGUGCACUCUUGGCUGCAAUGGUCUGCGUCCUCAUCUUCUGCCUGCUGACUGCUGAUGAUGUUUACUAUGAUUACACAUGA